GCGAAGGUCAAACUAAAUGCAAACUGCAGGCUACGGAAAUCAACAUGCUCAUUUGCUACAUGUAGUUGUAUUACUGCUAGGGCUGUGUUCACUUCAACAGUUUUUCAACCCAAGAAAUUUGUUUUUCAAAGACAGUUUAUUUGGUUAACUCAAACUAAUGUGCAUUCACACGAAUGCAAAUGCAAAAGAAAAAUGCACGUAAAAAUUCAAAUGUGAAAUGCUGUAAAACUUCAAGGGGUGAUCUGUGUAAUCAAAGAUGUUGUGCAAAUCAAUUGGACAUAAUAAUGAUUUGAUCAAGAUUCUACUCAAGAAUUCUUCAAGUACACUCUUCUUGGGUGCUAAAACUGACAAGUAGGUGUCCUUAGAUACUCACACUGUGAGGUGUUGAAAUAACACUGUAGAUUGGACAUAACACCAAACAGUGUGAAUGUACCAACCAAAGGUGCUGUAAUAACACCCAUAGAUGUUGAACCGACACCCAAAAUUAACACCAGAUAAAAAGAUGACUGGUGUAGCCCUCUGUGUACCCCAAUCAACACUACAGUGUUUGCGGUGUACACUCCAAAUUGACCUUUACUUCCUGGGUCAAACUCAUGCGGAGUGGGUGGUCUUGAAAUGUGAGAGAAAAACAGUCUUUGGAUGUUCUGCGUUUACGGUUUGCUUUGUUAUGUACGUUUGUGAUUCUAUCAGAAAAUUGAUUAAACACAAUCUAGAAUAACAGGGAAAUCAUUUUGGCCUUGUUGAAUUAGCCUUUGAAAACCGGGGAAAUAAUGUUUCCAUGAAGACCAUACCCACCUGAAACUGGGUUUCCUCUGGAAGUGACGGGCUGUGAUGUUUGAUCUUAUUUCGAUCUAAUUCAUUACAUUUAACUAGGGGACCAGCUUUCUUGUAUGUUAUUUCUUCUCGUCUUUUCCUAAAGGAAAGUCUUGUUUAUAUUCUUGUAACAUUGAAUGUAGGCCCCUAUUUGUAAAAGGAAAUAUAGGAUCAAUCUUUUUCACAUCACUUCUUUGAUAAUAUUCAUUUAUAUCCGUCUCCUGGAAGUCAAGCGGUGCAAUGUACUCUCUAAAAUUAACUCAGGUCAUGAAGUUUAUUGAAAGUCUGACAGAUGUGCGAUCUAUCACAUUUUGAUAACUUGUGAUUGUCGUGAAAUCAGAAAAUUCUCUGCUUUCUUUGUUAAAAUAAUUGAUUUUUGUAGGAUAGUGGGAAGAAAAGUUUUCAUAAAGAAAACUUGAAGUUUUGACAAAGAAAACUUGAAGUUUUGAAAAUUUUUGCCAGUGAUCCAAAGUUACCUGUACAUGUAUGUUUGUUUCUCUGUGCAUUUGGGUUGGAUAAGCAGACAGUGUUUGUGUGAAUAGAAAUGGAAACAGGAUACGUUUAUCUGCAUGUUGAGAUCGUACAGCAUCACAGGAGCACCCCCUUAACCGGCUGGGGUUUUACGAGAAUAGAUCCUGCAUGGCGGGUUGUUUCCUAAUUGAAUUCAACGUGAUUGAGUCUGAGUGAUCUCUUUGUUGAAUCACCCAUCAAUGAAGGAGAAGGAGGAGGAGGGUAGUUAGUCUCUCAGUCUGUGAAUGAUCGUCAGUCACCCUACAGCCGCAUACUGCCUUUAAUAUAACUAGCUCACUCACUGUCUCGUAGCGACGGGGUGGGCACAUCGCUGCGAUUGCUGCAAUUGUUUAACUGUCGGGAUUGUUUUCCCCUGUAGCUUUUCGGAAUUCUCGUUUGACAUGUAUGUGACAAUGACAUGAGUCAUUUGGAUCUUGAGGCUUUGAUUGUUUUAGUACCCGUAAACCACCCAUUCAAGCAGUCUGACGCUCUCUCCCAUGCACGCUCCCUCAUUGUCCCAUGUCUUGGAUCCUUACCUGUUAAGGAUUUAGAGUCAUGUGAAUUGUAACUGCUUUCCCAGCCGAGCCGAAUCUUGGAAAACUUGAAGAAACUUUUCGAGAUUGUGUUGGCCUCCAUUGCGACUUUACUGACAGAGGAGGGAGAUUCAUUCUGUGCCUCUGUGAAAGUUUUUUUGUUUUUUAUUUUGGGAAGAUGAUGAAAACAGCGAUAGCCCAGUUUGCUUUCCAAAGCCAGUAUAAUCGGAAUAAGACUCCCAUACCACCACCGAGGAGGAAAACCAAUCCCGCAAGGACUAAACUCACCCAGCAGUCUUCCGAUCCCAAUAGCAAGUUCCACCCGUUCAGUAACCUCUCGGAGCUCGUGAACAGCUACAGGAUUGUAAAUAAUGGCCUCUGCUGCCCUCUACAGCAUCCCGUAGAAGCCAAGAAGGAAGAGGAAGACCAGGACACAGAUGAUGAAGACGAGAGACUGUCAAGCGAUACCUCUGGAUCUUUCCAGGAUGGACCUCAACAUCUGCUUCAAGCCAGGCUAGAUGCCAUGGACCUCGCCCCUCUAGAAGGAGCAGACUUUGUUGGCCGUCUCAAGGAGUAUGUCAACAAGGGUGUGCGGGAGGAUAGUGAGGAGGUCAGGGCUGGCGCAGGACAUGCCUCUCACUUCAGGAACAUGAUGAUGGCUUCUACUAAAGAACUAACAAGGUAAAAUAGUCUCAUGUGGUAAUACGGUCCUUUCAAGGACUACGCCUUAUUUCACAAGAUACUUUUCAAUCUCAUCUAUCUCUUUUGUUGCUUUUCUCUUUCAUCUCUAACUCUCCACCACCCAACAGUCCUUUUCAGGACUAACCACAUUAUGAACCAUGAACCUCUCUCGGGUUUAGUUUGAUGUCUGUACUUCAACAGGUGUCUUUAAUACAGCGUCUGUGAUGUGCUUAAGUACAAGACAGAGAGAAACCGUAAUCUACAAGAAUAUAGCAUUUUAUUUGCCAAAUAAAACAAGCCAUAGAAUUUACAUAACAAAUCUUAAGUUCCCCAUUGUUACAUAGGAUGUUACAGUGGAAGAAAUAAUGCAUAAAAUGAAGAAAUCAUGUACAAUGAUGAAUUGAAAGAGAAUGGUGAAAAAAGGAACCAAGAUGCUAAAGAAUAACCGAUAUAUACAAAUACCAAAUGUCAUAUUUUCUGUGUAGGUGCUGUCCUUAAUAGUUAUUUUUAAUUAAUGAAGCUGACUGGAUAACUAAUGUAGAGUCGCACCAAGCUUUUCUGCGACUCGAGCAUGGGGUCAAAGGAAACCUUUCCCUUGAGUGAGAUGUUGAGUUGAAUGGGUUUGUAGUAAAGUUUUUACCAGAUACAAGUUGAUAUUGAUGACAAAAUGAUCCAGUGGAGCUCUGUAACAAUAAGAGUAUUCUUGCACUCUCUUCCAGACACUUCUCUCCAUUGAGGCAAGUCCAAUAUCUGAAUGCCUUGCUGGAUGUUCUCUGGCUUUACACUGUAAAUAUUGAGAAUAAGAUCAUUUACAAGCCCUUUGUAGACAAUGUUGAACAUAGAAUGUAGAGAUUAUAAGAGAUAUUGAGUUGAAUGGGUUUGUAGUCAAGUCUUUACCAGAUACAAGUUGAUAUUGAUGACAAAAUGAUCCAGUGAAGCUCUGUAACAAUAAGAGUAUUCUUGCACUCUCUUCCAGACACUUCUCUCCAUUGAGACAAGUCCAAUAUCUGAAUGCCUUGCUGGAUGUUCUCUGGCUUUACACUGUAAAUAUUGAGAAUAAGAUCAUUUACAAGCCCUUCGUAGACAAUGUUGAACAUAGAAUGUAGAGAUUAUAUAUACAGUGGAAUCCAUAUGCAUAGGUUUUUUUCUUUAAAAGGGGGAGAGAUACUGUACCAGUAAAACUCUAGAAGAAAGAGAGGAGGGGAUUUUUUUUGUCAGUUCCAUAGAAACAUAUUAUCAAGUAAUGGCUGAAAUAAUGAAUGAAUCAAUCAACGAACAAACGAAUGAAUGAACAAACGAACGAACGAACGAAUGAAUGAAUGAAUGAAAUGACAAAAUCCAGAAAGGAAUAUCAGGAGUAGCUUUUUGU